AAGAAUAUCAGAAACACAGUUGAUACAGUUGAUGAAUGGUAUCAUCGAGUACGAUCAAACAGUAACAUCACUUCCAAGAUUUUUAAUGAUUCGCCAGCUUUCACCGACAAAGAGUUAUUGGAACAUAAUUUUCAUGUUUACCUCCAUUUAUUAUUUUACAAUUACAAUACUGCUUGUGCACCUAUGGCCGCCAAAGACCAUAGACAUAUAUUCUAUCGGGCAAAUGUUUAUUCGGAUUGAGUUCGUCGUGGACGUUACAGUAAUAUUUUCCACAUAUUUUUUCCUACAACAAUUGGAGCAUAGAUUUCAAACGUUAAAUGACUCUUGGGAAUAUCUUCUACCUGGAUUUCUAGCCACUCCUGGUGAUUUGACACAAUUCAUAACUGGAAUGACGCUGGAUAAGAUACGGUUGCUACACGCUGAACUAUCUGACCUCUUAAGAAUAUUCAGUGUGGGUUACGGAAAAAUACUAAUAGGAUUUUUUGUAUUCAGUUAUAUUAACAUCCUGAUUUGUUUUUAUUAUAUUUUUCUAAGCCCUACUAAUGACUUAGUAAAUAAUGAAUUCAAUUUUAACAAUCUCACAGUAAAAUGUCUUCCAUACAUUUUCAGCCUGCAAAAUGUCAUAUUCAUUUUAUCUAUUAUUAUUGCUGCUUCACGAGUACACGAAAAGAAACGGAAGAUAAUAUCUUAUUUACGAUUGAUAAGGAUUUCCAAUUUAUUACCAAACCUAAAGAUCCAAGUUAAAUUGUUUAUGAACCAAAUAUCAGUUUUUGAAUCAAGCGAAAUCACGGCUUUUGGCAUUUUCAAUAUAAAUUUAAAUCUUAUUAUGUCAGUACUAAUAUUACUUGUUACUGGUUUAGUAACAAUAAUACAAAUGAAGGAACAUUCAGUUAUGUUGAAAUUAAAUGAAAAUGUAAUGAAGUUUCUGAACAAUUUGACAAAAGUUGAAUAAGGGAAUAUGUAACAUACAUAUUUGUAAUGCAUAGUAUAAAGUUAGUUUAAGCAGCGAUUUAGGUAUUAUUAUUAGUAUUUAUUCAGAUUAGUAGAUUAUGUGAACUUGUAAAAUUGUUGGAACCAUAAGCUAUUGGCAGGUGUUAAUAUUAAUUUUACUUGCAAAUUUUUUUAGUAGGUAAAUAGUUUUGUUUAUUUAAUAACGUCUUCUACCAUUUUAGAUUCUGAGCGGAACGAUGAAUGUAUUGAUUUUAAUUAAUGCUUUUUACAUACCUACUACAUAUUAUUAUGGUAGUUUUCAAAAGCGUUUGGAUAAACAAAAAAGAAAUUAAGGAAAAACGGAGUUUCGACCAAAUCGAUUUUGUUUAUUGAUACGUACCUCUAAAAAAACCCCGUACAUACUUGAUUUUUGUAUCAAAUAUUUAUAUUUUAUCAUUUUAUAUACAUAUAGGAUAAUAUCUAAAAAUUAUUUUGACUCGUCUUGAGUUUCAUUUUCAUUUUUUUUUUUUUUAGUUCUAUUUCUAUAAAUGUGAAUAAAAUUGUAUUUGUUGGAUAAAAUAGCUUGAAAAUUUAAUACCUACAAGAUUCCUCAUAAGGUCAAUAAUUGUUAUUGGAAAUUAAAAAAAAAAAGUUGAGCGUUAAACCGCCGUGAAGUUGGCCCUUACACUUUUUCAAAAAAAGUUUUGCACAGUGCCAAUAUUUUGCAAGUAAUUAGCAAGAAUUUGCAAGUCCAAUCCCAGAAUUUGCAAGUCAAAAAUAAAGGAGUUAUAAGGGGUGGAACCGAGGAAGGGCUAACUUCACGCAGCCCUGACUUGUUGUCAGAAACUUUCAAAACUGGUGUCAAACCAAUCGUUAUAAUUAGCAAGAAUUUGCAAGUCCACUCCCGAAAUUUGCAAGUCAAAAUUCCUACCCCUACGAUUUUUCAAAGUAUUUUUCCCAGCCCUGACAUGUUGUCAGAAACUUUCAAAAUUGGUGUCAAAACACUCGUUAUAAUUAACAAGAAUUUGCAAGUCCACUCUCGAAAUUUGCAAGUCAAAAAUCAUAUAUUUUUUUUAGUAUUAUCAUUCUCUUAUUUUAGAAGUUAUAGGGGGGGACACAAAUUUUACCACUUUGGAAGUGACUCUCGCGCAAACUAUUCAGCUUAAAAAAAAAUGAUAUUAAAAACCUCAAUAUCAUUUUUGAAGACCUAUCCAUAGAUACCCCCACGUAUAGGUUGAAUGAAAAAAAAUUUUUGAGUUUCAGUAUGGGCAACCCCUAAAAUGUAUUUUUUUUUCUAUUUUUGUGUGAAAAUCUUAAUGCGGUUAAUAUAAUACAUCUACUUACCAAGUUUUAACUUUUAACAGUAUAGCUCUCAUAGUUUCGAAGAAAAGUGGCAGUGACACUAUGACGGACAGACAGGCAGACAGACAUGACGAAUCUAUAAGGGUUCCGUUUUCUGCUACGGAACCCUAAAAAAACAGAAUUUUAAUAAUAAUAAGAUUUUGAAGAUUUUUAACCAUAACUUCCAAAGAAAAUUUAACCGACUUUUUUUAAAAGUGUCAUUAUUAUGCUUAUAAAAACACACAUUUUAAAAAACAAAAUUCACAAAAAUCGCUUUAGAGCUAAAUAAACUGGUAUGGUUUCAAAAAUUCAUAUUUUCAUGUAUUACUUAUCUCUUAAAUCUCUAGAAAAACAAGUGUUAAAUAAACAUUAUAAUUUAUAAUAUUACAUUUGACAUAUUAAAAAUGAAUACAUUGAUAUCUUUAGAAGCAUUUAAUUUUUUUUUCUUAUUAUCAAAAUAAAUAACUGUACAUAUUAAUUAAAUAGCUAUCAAACUGAAACUUAUAACUAUGUUAAUAUCAAUGUUAAUUUGUUACAAACCUAAUGAUUCUAAGUAAUUAUUUGUGGUGAACUAAUUUGAAAGUGUCUGACAACAAGUCAGGGCUGCGUGAAGUUAGCCCUUCCUCGGUUCCACCCCUUAUAAUUCCUUUAAUUUGACUUGCAAAUUCUGGGACUGAACUUGCAAAUUCUUGCUUAUAACUUGCAAAAAAUUGGCACUGUGCGAAACUUUUUUUGAAAAAGUGUAAGGUUGGCCCUUUCACGGACGUCUAAAAUGCCCAGAAUCGUAAACAGAAGAAAAUAUUCAAAAUAUUUAGUUCAUUAAAGACUGAUAUUCACAGGGCACCAAGUUAUCAAUUUUCAAGUCAAUACAAAAUAUUCAACUAGAGUUGCAUUACUAAAAAAAAAAAUUGAAGGAGGGUGUUGGCGCCUGCAGGCAAAUGCAUUUUAGGAAACCGAAAAAAAAUUUAAAAAAAAUUGAACAGUAGGAAUACACAUUACAAAGUACAAACUAAAAUGCCGCGAAUCUUAAACAAAAAAAACUAUUCAAAAUAUUUAGUUCAUUAAAUACUGAUUAUUCAUAGGGCAUCAAGUUAUUAAUUUUCAAGUCAAUACAAAUAUUCAACUAGAGUUACAUUACUAAAAAAAAAAUUGAAGGAGGGUGUUGGCGCCCGCGGGCAAAUGCAUUUUAGGAUACCGAAAAAAAAUUUUGAAAAAAUUUAACAGUAGGAAUACACAUUUCAAAGUUGAAACUAAAAUGCCCGGAAUCUUAAACAAAAAAAAAACCAUUUAAAAUAUUUAGUUCAUUAAAGAUAAGGAUUAUUCAAGGGUACCCGAUUGUCAAUGUUUAAGAAAUUUUGGCUAGAGGUUAAAUCAUAAAAAAAAAAUUGAAGGUGGGUGUUGGCGCCCCCAGGGAAAUGUGAUUUAGGAAACCAAAAAAAAAAUUAUGAAAAAAUUUAACAGUAGGAAGACAUUACAAAGUACAAUCUAAAAUACCCAGAAUAUUAAACAGAAAAAACUAUUUAAAAUAUUAAUUUCAUUAAACAAGGAUUAUUCAAAGGGUACCAGAUUGUCAAUGUUUAAAAAAUUUGGCUAAAGGUUUAAUUAAAAAAAAAAAAUUGAAGGAGGGUGUUGGCGCCCGCAGGCAAAUGCAUUUGAGGAAACCGAAAAAAAAUUUUGAAAAAACUUAACAGUAGGAAUACACAUUACAAAGUACAAUCUAAAAUACCCAGAAUAUUAAACAGAAAAAACUAUUUAAAAUAUUUAUUUCAUUAAACAAGGAUUAUUCAAAGGGUACCAAUGUAAAUGUUUAAAAUAUUCAACUAGAGUUGCAUUACUAAAAAAAAAAUUGAAGGAGGGUGUUGGCGCCCGCAGGCAAAUGUAUUUUAGGAAACAGAAAAAAAAUUUUGAAUAAAUUUAACAGUAGAAAUACACACUACAAAGUACAAACUAAAAUAACCAGAAUAUUAAACAGAAAAAACUAUUUAAAAUAUUUCUUUCAUUAAACAAGGAUUAUUCAAAGGGUACCAGAUUGUCAAUGUUUCAAAAAUUUGGCUAAAGGUUAAAUUAUAAAAAAAAAAUUGAAGGAGGGUGUUGGCGCCGCAAGCAAAUGCAUUUUAGGAAACCGAAAAAAAAUUUUGAAAAAACUUAACAGUAGGAAUACACAUUACAAAGUACAAACUAAAAUUCCCAGAAUCUUAAACAGAAAGAACUAUUCAAAAUAUUUAGUUCAUUAAAUACUGAUUAUUCAUAGGGCACCAAGUUAUCAAUUUUCAAGUCAAUACAAAAUAUUCAACUAGAGUUGCAUUACUAAAAAAAAAAAUUGAUGGAGGGUGUUGGCACCCGCAGGCAAAUGCAUUUUUGGAAACCGAAAAAAAAUUUUGAAUAAAUUUAACAGUAGGAAUACACAUUACAAAGAACAAACUAAAAUGCCCAGAAUCUUUAACAGAAAAAACUAUUCAAAAUAUUUAGUUCAUUAAAUACUGAUUAUUCAUAGGGCAUCAAGUUAUUAAUUUUCAAGUCAAUACAAAUAUUCAACUAGAGUUACAUUACUAAAAAAAAAAUUGAAGGAGGGUGUUGGCGCCCGUGGGCAAAUGCAUUUUAGGAUACCGAAAAAAAAUUUUGAAAAAAUUUAACAGUAGGAAUACACAUUUCAAAGUUGAAACUAAAAUGCCCGGAAUCUUAAACAAAAAAAAACCAUUUAAAAUAUUUAGUUCAUUAAAGAUAAGGAUUAUUCAAGGGUACCCGAUUGUCAAUGUUUAAGAAAUUUUGGCUAGAGGUUAAAUCAUAAAAAAAAAAUUGAAGGUGGGUGUUGGCGCCCCCAGGGAAAUGUGAUUUAGGAAACCAAAAAAAAAAUUAUGAAAAAAUUUAACAGUAGGAAGACAUUACAAAGUACAAUCUAAAAUACCCAGAAUAUUAAACAGAAAAAACUAUUUAAAAUAUUAAUUUCAUUAAACAAGGAUUAUUCAAAGGGUACCAGAUUGUCAAUGUUUAAAAAAUUUGGCUAAAGGUUAAAUUAUAAAAAAAAAAUUGAAGGAGGGUGUUGGCGCCGCAAGCAAAUGCAUUUUAGGAAACCGAAAAAAAAUUUUGAAAAAACUUAACAGUAGGAAUACACAUUACAAAGUACAAACUAAAAUUCCCAGAAUCUUAAACAGAAAGAACUAUUCAAAAUAUUUAGUUCAUUAAAUACUGAUUAUUCAUAGGGCACCAAGUUAUCAAUUUUCAAGUCAAUACAAAAUAUUCAACUAGAGUUGCGUAACUAAAAAAAAAAAUUGAUGGAGGGUGUUGGCGCCCGCAGGCAAAUGCAUUUUAGGAAACCGAAAAAAAAUUUUGAAUAAAUUUAACAGUAGGAAUACACAUUACAAAGAACAAACUAAAAUGCCCAGAAUCUUUAACAGAAAAAACUAUUCAAAAUAUUUAGUUCAUUAAAUACUGAUUAUUCAUAGGGCAUCAAGUUAUUAAUUUUAAAGUCAAUACAAAUAUUCAACUAGAGUUACAUUACUAAAAAAAAAAUUGAAGGAGGGUGUUGGCGCCCGCAGGCAAAUGCAUUUGAGGAAACCGAAAAAAAAUUUUGAAAAAACUUAACAGUAGGAAUACACAUUACAAAGUACAAUCUAAAAUACCCAGAAUAUUAAACAGAAAAAACUAUUUAAAAUAUUUAUUUCAUUAAACAAGGAUUAUUCAAAGGGUACCAUAAUGUAAAUGUUUAAAAUAUUCAACUAGAGUUGCAUUACUAAAAAAAAAAUUGAAGGAGGGUGUUGGCGCCCGCAGGCAAAUGUAUUUUAGGAAACAGAAAAAAAAUUUUGAAUAAAUUUAACAGUAGAAAUACAC